UGAAGUUUUCCUAUUGACACUAAAACUUUUUUCUGAUAUUGUUGAGUUAUGAGAAGGAUUAAGAAGGAUAGGUCAGAAAAAAAUAUUUGAUCAGUGACAGUUUAGCCGUCUAUAUGUUGACUGUAUAUACUACAUAUGGUUUAACAUUUAAUAAGCGCCAUUUUAAAAAAAAGCAUUUGCUCCUGAUUGUCCGAACCUAAUCACAACAUGGCUAAUGUUGAUAUCAAAACGAAGUGGUUCUUCCGGAUUGUCAUUUUAAUCAUAUUUCUUAUUCAUAUAUUAUUAUAUGCAGCAGCGCUUCUCUACAUCCGAUAUGAUGAUACUGACAAAAAACUUAUCGAUUACGGCGUAAAAGACAUCACCAUAUAUAUUAUUUACGCCAAAAUCGGAGUCGACGUUCUCGUGAUAUUUUUAUCAUGGGCGCCAUUUGCAAAAAAAACAUUUGUGGUUUGCAUCUUAUUUUUUCUAAUUGAAAGCUCAUUGGCUGGUGCCAUCUUAGGUAUAUAUUUUGCAGAAUGGGACGCAGAGAAAGUAACAGAUGAUGUUGUAGCUGUGAUAUUUUUGAUCGUCCAAAACGCUUUUAUAAUUCUCGCUGAUUUUAUCGGGCUGUAUUGUUGUUUUCGGUUUAUACGGAGAAGCGCAGAAAUCCAAAUGCAAACUCCCUCCUCCCAAAACGGUACAGAAAUUCCAAGUUCUACUCUCACAGGAAUUCACAACAUCACAGUAAAAAUUGACUCUGCUAUUGAUGCUGAAGAUUCUGAAUACGACAGAUUGGACGAUGUGUUUCCUCCACCACCAAGCAUUUUAGAUUUUCAAGCAAGCCCUAACGAAAGAAUUCCUAACGACAGGUUCCUUAACGCAACCCCCAACGACGGGUUUGACAGUGUCAGUGAGAACUCCUUUACCAGUGAUGAUGGGAUAGAUCCCUACCAAUCCUCUCCCGUUGUAAACGGGGUAACACUGGACUCCAACUACAACAACAACGAAAAUAACGACAGGUGGUUUAAUUUUAACACUUCCGACAGAAGAACGAGUUACGAAAACGUUGAACUCACGAACAUGAGUGGAGAGCAAAGACAAUUACGCAGUAACUCCGAAGGCGAAAUGUUAAACGAGUUAAGGCGUUAUAAAAGAAAUCAUUUAGAAUCAACGCCUUAUGCACAGGGUAGCAAUAGCACACAAAAACGAGAAAAGGAGGAGGAUAAUAUUUAUGGCAACUUGGGAAUAAACAACAACACCUCGUCAGAUGUAUAUAGGACCACACCACUAAAUACAUCACACACUGAACAAAACUACAGACACACGCAUAAUUAUGAAAAGAACAGCGAGGGGUUUAAUACGUCAUCACAACACACAUUGUCCGGAAGAAGAACGAGUUACGAAAACGUUGAAUUCAGAAAUAUGAGUGAAGAGCAUACAAGAGACUUGCGCAGUAGUUCCGAUGCUUAUUAUUUAAAGGAGUUAAGGCAAUAUAAAAAAACAAAUCUUUUACCAACUUUUUAUUCACAGAGUGACAAUAGCACGCAAGGCCAGGUGAAGGAACAAGACAAUAUUUAUGGCAACUUAGACUUAGAUGGUGCUGAAUAUAGUCGCAAAUUAAAACCUUUGCCACGUAUUCCAUUGUUUUAUAAUGAAGACUCUACGGCGUGAAAAUUUAUUGUUUUUUAACAAAAGCUUCUCUCCUUGACUGUGAAACAAGUUUGAACCCAUGUUAAAAACAGUUACUAGAGGCGUUGGAGAAUGGGUUGGUAGAAUACCAAUAAUCCAUCUUAAAACAUACUUUCGCUGCUUUGCAGAAUCAUUUACCUCAUACAAGAUGAAUAAUACGGGUGAAAUAGUCAAACCUCUUUAGAGGCGGGGCUCUUCUUGGAGAUAAAAUAAAUGCCGGUGCACGAACUUGAGAGGAAGUCAAAGAAAAUUACUCAAGCAAACAAGACAGAUUAGAUUUAAUCUUUUAACAAGAUUACCGCACUUUUAGAAACUACACUGCAAUAUUAGGAAGUACACAACAUUAGUUAUUUUCACAACAUUGAAUAAAGUUUUAAAUAUAGUUUCUAUGGAGGGACCGUUAUCUAACCAGCGAUCAACGUAUGCGAGAAAAGAUAAGCUUGCUUCUUCUUCUUAUUUUAAAGGUUGUCCGUGAGAUUUGCAGUUGUAAGCUUCGCACAAUCCUUUCAUGAUUUUCCGAAGAUAUUUAUAACGCAUUUCAUGAUUACUGAUUGCCCGGUACCAGGAAGGCUCACUAUGACAUUCCUGGGGGCUAAUAUUUAAUUUUUUCAAACUGUUUGCUUGUGUAAUUCCAAGACCAGCUUAUAUUAUACGGAGCAGAUUAUAUCAUAACAGCAAGACUAAAAAAAAGAUUUUCAACUUUUAUCUCGAAAAGUGUGUUUUCUAUGACUUUCUGCAGACCAAUCCAAAUUCUAACAUUUUUUAUGACUUCUAGAUUUGCUGACUUGUGGUCACCCUGAGAAUCAACCUCGUCCCCAGGGUCUCGUGGCCCCUGAGCCGUUAUUACGGAUUAGGCAAAAUGCCCUGGGAACAAGGUUGCCUGAGAAUCUAUCGAUUACACGCGUACGAUUGCUUAAACAC